UUUUGCACCGGCUAAAAAGCAGGGCUCAAGUGUUAACAGCGUCCCCUCGUUCCGUGGACAAUAGAAAACGUAUUUGAGAUGAACAGAGAAAUUUGUGGGACACAUUCGGGAAAAGAGUCUAUCGAUGCAUCAGAGGAUGCAACUCAAUGUAAUGAAGGGCUGAAAAUUACUUCAAAACCGAUGCUGAUCCCUGCCAAAAAAGGGGAAUAAAUAACAACAAAAAACGAAAAUAUCAAAACAUUGGUAUUGGACCAGAAGUUUAUAGUCAGUGCAUCCCUAAUGUUGUGUUCACACCGGGUGUGAAUAAAACAAUUUGCGUCAGUGAAUUGCAUGUAAAGUCAAUGUAAAGACGUGAUUAGAUGCCAAUUUCCACCAGGUGACACGAGACUGCGAAUUAAGCAGCACGAAUGAAGCGAAUAGUGCGAUUUCGUGUCAUAUGCUUUUAGCGAGAGUUGAAAAAUCUGAACUUCAGCAACCAAUUGGUGCUGCAAUAAUCAAUCAGCACUGAGAUCCUCAGGGGACAAAUGAUGCAUAGGACAUACCAGUGGAAGGUCCCUCAUUGUUUCAACAUUUUCACAACACAAAAUAGUCAAGCGUUCAAACUGUGAAAAUUCGCAUUGCAUUUGGUGUGAACGAACAUAUGAAUCACAAAAUUUUUGUCGCAAAACAAGCUCACACACACUAAAUAAUGUGAGGUCACAUACUACUUUGUACAUGUGCAAUGAUCGUGUAAUGCUGCACAUUAACUUUCUAGCACUUUUCCAACACGACGAUUCCGCUAAGAAAACAAGGACCUAUUAACUCUUUAUAUCAGGUUGGUUUUGAAUGCAACUUUUACUCAUUCACCAAUACACAUGCCCACUUAUUGCAGAUUUUACCAAAGGGCCUGUCGACAUUGGCCUGCAGACCAGUUUCCAGAUGUGACAUGGACCAUCUGGCAGUCAGGUACUGCUGGAUCCUGGCUGCUAUAUUCUUGUCCAUGUUCCUGCUGAUUAGACGAAUAGUUCAGUUUCAAUGUGAACUGUAAAUCAGGGAAAAUCAAUUUAAGUUUUGAUUUAAUCCAGUCCUGUUGGUCCUAUCUGGGACUGACGCCAUGAUACGAAAUAUAAUCCGAACUGUGGCAACAUAUACAGAAGUAGUGAGUAAAAACAAGUCUUCAGAUUGUCCUCUCUUGUCUGCUGCUUAUAUUCUUAAGUUUUGUUUUUCAGUAAUCUGAAGCGGAUGAAAGCUGUGCCAGUGUUCAACAACCCAGCCUCUGUUUUGAACGACUCUGCCAACCACAACUGUCACACAAGGGAUUUUUUCAAAACCACAUCCUUUUAAAGUUGAAGGAGAUGCACAGAAUUUGCCCGGCACACGGUUCACCUGCUGUUGGUGUGUUUUAACAAACGGAGACGAGACGAGAGGAGCAGCGAUGGGCUCAUCAGCAGCGAGUGGCUUUAUUGUCCUCUUUGUCUACAUGUCAAUGGCACAAAGCAGACAAGUGCUGACUUACAUUUCUGCUCAGAUUUGUGCCGUGAGAGGAUCAACAGUGGACAUUCGCUGCAGCUAUAGACAGCUGCCCACAGUAAAAAGACAUUCUGUCCCAGUGGAGAGGAUAUUAUGGUUCACUGAGAUGCAGGAUAAAGAACCUGUGGAUCUGAGGACAAACAUGGAGUACGCAGGUCGUGCAAAGUAUUACUGUGACAGGACGACCUGCACUUUAAGAAUUGUGGGCCUGAGAGAGACCGACUCAGCCGAGUACAAGUUCAAGUUCAAAGACAGACCAAUGAGGAGAUUCAUUGCUUCACCAGGAGUCACUUUAUCUGUCACAGAUCCACAUCUCCAGGUACAGGUGAGAAGAUCCUAUUCUACCUGGGGCGAACUGUUUUGUCACAGCACUUGUCAUCUACCUGAUCGUCCUUCCUUCAUCUGGUACAAGAACGGACAGAGAAUUCAGACAGAAACAUCGUCUUCAUAUUCAGACUACUUUGAUGCUGCAGACAGCUAUUCCUGUGCUGUAAAAGGACAUGAGGAUUUCCCCUCUCCUCCAAUGUGUGUUUUCGGUCAAAUCUGCAACAGAGUCACAUACAGUAACAGAAGCAUCUGCGCCGUCAAAGGCUCAUCAGUGGACAUUUCUUGCACUUACAGCAGUUCCAAGGAUCACAUUGAAUCAAGACUCUGGUUCAAUCCUGAACGUAGUGAUCAGUGGACGAAUGCUGAGGACCUCAGAGAAGACUCCCAGUUUGCAGGUCGUGUUCAGGUCAUUGACACAGAGAGCGGACGCUCCACCCUGAGAAUCACUGACCUGAGAGAGAGCGACUCAGCUGAGUAUCACUUCAAAUUCACAACACCAAGCUUUGAAUGGAGGAGUAGUUUACCUGGUACAACUCUGACUGUCACAGAUGCUCCAAAGCUUCCCUCUGUGUCACUGAGCCCACCUGGUGAAGUCAUGGAGGGCAGUUCAGUGACUCUGACCUGUAGCAGUGAUGCUAACCCAGCAGCUAAGUACACCUGGUACAAGGAGAAUGGAAACCUCAACAGACCUCUCAGUGAAGGACCACAGCUCGUCUUCAGCUCCAUCCAGUCCUCUGACUCUGGACAGUAUUACUGUGCAGCAGAGAACGAGCUAGCGACAAUAUUUGAAUCCAUCCUCAUUAAUGUGAAAUAUGCUCCAAAGCUUCCCUCUGUGUCAGUGAGUCCCUCUGCUGAGAUAGUGGAGGGCAGUUCAGUGACUCUGACCUGUAGCAGUGAUGCUAACCCAGCAGCUAAAUACACCUGGUACAAGGAGAACCAAACACUGUCUCAAGGACAAGAAGGUAUCUACCAUUUCACCUCCAUCAGCUCUGUGGACAGCGGAAUCUACCACUGCAAGUCUGAGAAUCCAUAUGGACAGAUCAACUCUUCAUCUCUAUUUAUAGAUGUGCAGUAUGCUCCAAAGCUUCCCUCUGUGUCAGUGAGUCCCUCUGCUGAGAUAGUGGAGGGCAGUUCAGUGACUCUGACCUGUAGCAGUGAUGCUAACCCAGCAGCUAAAUACACCUGGUACAAGGAGAACCAAACACUGUCUCAAGGACAAGAAGGUAUCUACCAUUUCACCUCCAUCAGCUCUGUGGACAGCGGAAUCUACCACUGCAAGUCUGAGAAUCCAUAUGGACAGAUCAACUCUUCAUCUCUAUUUAUAGAUGUGCAGUAUGCUCCAAAGCUUCCCUCUGUGUCAGUGAGUCCCUCUGCUGAGAUAGUGGAGGGCAGUUCAGUGACUCUGACCUGUAGCAGUGAUGCUAACCCAGCAGCUAACUAUACCUGGUACAAGGAGGAUGAAGACUCACCAAAAGCAUCAGGACAGAUCUUCACCAUCACUGACAUCAGAGCUGAACACAGUGGGAAUUAUUACUGUGAAGUCCAGAACACAAGAGGACGUCAUAACUCCACCUUAUAUCUGAUUGUUGUGGCAGUUGGACAGGCCUGUCACAACACUUCUGACCAUGACAGUGGAGGGAGAAGAGGACAUUUUAAAUCCAUCUUGCAUCAGGCCUCUGUGGCAGCUGCAUCGAGAUCACACAUUGUAAUAUUACCCCCUUUCCUCCUGGUCAUCGUUUUCAUCUUUGUUGUCCUAUGGAUUAGGUUCCCUAAUCAACGGCAUGAACUUAGACGGAGACUAAACAACAGAGCACAGAGCCUGCCACGCCUCACCUGCCCACUACAUGUCCGCUGUGUGUUUUCUGAAGCAGCCAAUCACCUGUACAGUCUCUUACCUACACGCUGGCAAACAGAAUUCUCAUCAUGGCUGUGAUUUGAGAUUUUUUUUUAUUCUCACAGAAACAGAAAUUAGAGUGACUGCGAUUAGCUACAAAGAUAUUUCUGUAAUCUUUGUGACUGUCUACCGUCUCCUUUCAAAGGAGGUGUUGCUGUAUGUUGCACAAAGUCUAGCUAGAGUCUGACAGAAUGAGUUACUGAGUUUCAAAACAACACAGCAUUAAGUGGAAAUUUGGUAAGUGUGUCAGUAGUGUUCAUUCUAAGCUCUGCGAAGUUGUCAGGACGGCGACCCAGCACCACAAACGACUGCUUAUAUGUGGUAUAACAACAUCCGCUUUCUGUACAUUUUUUUCUGGUCUGCCGUACCCCAUGCAGGUAUUCUAGGUCCUUAUGAGGUUUUGUCAAUGUGUCAUUUUAUUAUGAAACUGGGGCUUUCAUUUUGUAGGCGUUAAGCAGUGUUUUCAUUGUUUAGCACCUGACUAAUAAGUGGACAGGCCUUAUCCACCACUUGGAAGGUCAAUUUGGUUGACCGAAUUUCACGCUCCCAUGCACCUCCAAAGUGUGGUCAAGGGUCUAACUAUCACUGAGGACUUCCUGUCCACCCAACUGAUAGAGGUGGGAGGCAUCCUGAACACCAAGCCCCUAAGUUACGUGUCCUCAUAUGUGACUGAUCCAGAUCCUGUAACCCCCACUAUGCAUCCCAUGGAGCGGCAGGAUUCUUCUCUACUGUGAGCAAUUUACCAUGCGGCACUGGCGCCACUGUCAGAUCGUGGCUGACCAUUUCUCGGCACAGUUUAUCCGUUGCUGUCUUCCCGCGAUGCAGGAGUGCAGAAAAUGUAAGACACGAGUGGAGGAUCUGACAGAGGACAAGAUGGUCAUGAUUGUGGACCCUCAGGUGCCUCGAGCUCUCUGGCCAGUGGGACUGAUAACUAAGCUAAUUUGGAGUAGGGACCAACAUGCCUGGGCUGCUGAGGUCAUGGUCAAGGGCAAACCAUACCUGAGGUCUGUGGCCAGGUUGAUUCAACAACCCAGCUGUGACACUAAUCCAACCUUGAUACAAACAUCUUAGCCAGCUAAUCUGGGGGCAACUGAAGAAUUCCCUCUGUCCCCGCUGACCGCAGGUGUCUCACUGUGCGCUACUGUUCAAUGUGCGCUUUAUAUAAACUGCCUGAUGCACGGGGCACACUGAAUACAGCCAGGUAAGAGGAGGAAGCGUCGGAGGGCAUGAGGAGCCGGCAGCGGCACAUGGAGGGCCUGAGGAGCCGACAGUGGUAUGUGGGGGCCUGAGGAGCCAGCUGUGGUACAUGGGGGGCCUGAGGAGCCAGCUGUGGUACAUGGGGGGCCUGAGGAGCUGGCUGUGCCACAUGAAGGGCCUGAUGAGCCAGCAGUGGCACGUGGAGGGCCUGAGGAGCCGGCUGUGGCACGUGGAGGGCCUGAGGAGCCGGCUGUGGCACGUGGAGGGCCUGAGGAGCCGGCUGCGGCAUGUGGAUGUUGACUAUUUUCCAAAGUAACAAAAAGCAAACAUGGGGGAGAUAGGUUUACGUUUUUUAAGAGCACAGCAUUGCCACUGUUUUUUAUUUUGUCUUUGAACACAGGCAUAUUUUCAAAGUGGCAGUCACUCAUGAGGGCCCAUUCUCCACCCAGCACGUUGUAGGAGGGCCCACUCUCUUUACCUCACAGGCCCCAGCACAGCCGCACUACCUGGACUGUCUAUAUUUACGCCCCUGCUGUCUAACUGUCAUUGUUGACAGGUUAACACAGUAAACUAAGACUGAGAAAAUGAUGAACAAAAUAUCACCAUGUCAGCAUUAAGGUUAAAGCACCACUGUGUCCAAGUACAGCCUCACAGAGACAUUAAUUAACACUUUAUAUCAGCUUGGCUUCAUGGAUAAUAGUUUUAUAUCGCUGGGUUGUUCUGUUGUUGUUUUGCUUAUCAGUGCUUAGUUAGAGUUUCUGUCUUGCAUCUUCUUUAUUGCUUCAUCCAUAGUUUUAUUAUUUUAUUAUAAUCUGUGUGUGUGUGUGUGUGUG